AUGUCGGACUCUACUGUUGGCCAGACGAAGCAGUUUGGAAAGGGCCAGAGGACCGUUCCGGCUCAGAAGGCCCAGAAAUGGUACCCCGUUGAUGACGAGCCGCAGCCCAAGAAAGUUCGCAAGGCUAUUCGUCCUACCAAGCUCCGGGAAACCCUUCAGCCCGGUACUAUUCUGAUCCUCCUCGCCGGUCGCUUCCGCGGCAAGCGUGUCAUCCUCCUCAAGCACCUUGACCAGGGUGUCCUCCUCGUUACCGGUCCCUUCAAGAUCAACGGUGUUCCUCUCAGACGGGUGAACGCUCGCUACGUGAUCGCCACUAGCAAGCGUGUGGACAUCAGCAGCGUCGACCAGAGCGUCCUCGAGAAGGUCAGCGCCUCCGACUACUUCACCAAGGAGAAGAAGGCCGAGAAGAAGGCCGAGGAGGCUUUCUUCAAGCAGGGAGAGAAGCCCGAGAAGAAGAAGGUUGCCAGCGCUCGUGCCAGCGACCAGAAGGCCGUCGACCAGUCCAUCCUGGCCUCCGUCAAGAAGGAGGCCUUCCUCGGCAGCUACCUCGCCAGCUCCUUCAGCCUCCGGAACGGCGACAAGCCCCACGAGAUGAAGUGGUAAACGUGCGUGGUGGCCGCGGGUUCGGUAGUGAUUGUGGGGAAAUCUUGCGCGAGGGGCGGCUUGGAUUGCAAAUGGGCGUCCCCACUCCCCGGGGAUCGCAUAUCUCUUUUGCAGCGCGGGAGGAACAAGUUCAUGAAAUAAUGUAACUCGAUACGGGCUCCGUCUUUGCUUAGGAUUGCGGUCAAUUCGGAAAAACCGGUUGUCAUUUCCUUGUUUCAACGAAAAGUCUCCUCCAGCGUGGCCCCGAUUUGCAGGACCUCAUUAAAGAAAAGCCGAAAUGUCAAAGAAAAAAAAAGAAUACCUUUUCCAGCUGUUACACGAGCCCUUGAAAAGACUAGGCUGGGCGUUAUCGUUUUAUGUUAAGUAUGAUACAUCUCUCAUUUCUAGGUUCAGGUCGAGAUCCAAAAUUAGGAACUGCCAGGUUCUGUUCCAACUUCC